AUGCUGGAUGUGGCCCAGUGUCGAAUUCUGCACGCCCUACGCGGGGAUCAGGUGGACAGCUACGUACUCUCCGAGUCUUCCCUCUUCAUCUCGGAUUAUCGGCUGAUCAUCAAGACCUGCGGCUCCACCCGCCUGCUCGCCGCUCUCCCGAAAAUCCUUCAGCUCGCCGAAGAGUACGCGGGGCUACGCGAGGUGUCCGCCGUCUACUACUCGCGAAAGAACUUCUCCCGCCCAGACCUCCAGCCCCUCCUCCAUCGAUCGUUCGAUCGUGAGGUCGACUAUCUGGAUGACCACUUUGAGGAGGGCGCGGCGUACUGUAUGGGAUCGCUGAAGCUGGACCGCUGGUAUCUCUACCAUCUGAAUCGAGCCCCGGCUGCCAAGACACUCGAUCAUACGCUCGAGAUCCUGAUGUCCGACAUGCCGGACGACGUUUUGGAGGUGUUCACGCAAAAGAUGUGCGCCGAUGGGCGUGAAUGCACGGAAAAAGCGGGUAUCGUCGGAAUGUGCCCACCUGGCACCCUAAUCCACGAGGAGCUCUUCUCGCCUUGUGGAUACUCCAUGAAUGGGCUCAUCCCAAAUUCCGACCAGUACGUGACGAUCCACGUGACGCCGGAAAAGGCGUUCAGCUACGCGUCGUUUGAGACGAAUCAGGACGAGAUGUGCCUCUACAAGCAGACAAGGAAGGUGCUCGAUGGAUUCCGCCCGGCAAAGCUGUUGAUGACCGUAUUCGCCAACGACCAUUCCCGUGGUGCGCGUGACAGCCAGCAAGCGCUGUGGGACUCUGAACUGCCCGGCUACCGGCGCACCAACUGCCAGUUCCUCAAGUUGGAGAACGACGAGACGCUAGUGUACGCGCACUUUGUUCGCCGCCGCGACCCUCCGUCAUCCGGUUCCGAGGACGAGGGCGAACGCUCCGAC